AUGGGUGAACCGAAUUUGUUAACAGAGACUUCAUUAUUCGAUAAGAUUAAAGGAAUUGUAACUACUCUUCUAUUUUUGUUUUCUUCUGUGUUUGGGUCUUUCUAUAUACUCGCACCUCUUUUGCCGUUAAUGUUUAUAAAUCAUGUCGCUUGGCGGAAAAUUAUCGAUCGGCUCAUUGGAUUUUGGAUAUUUAUGCCUGCAGGCAUAAUAGAAUUUAUUUUUGGUGUUCGAAUUACGGCAACUGGGACGAAAAUUGACCAUUCUGAGCCAUCAUUGAUAAUUAUGAACCAUCGUACUUGUUUAGAUUGGUUAUUCUUUUGGAAUGUUUUGAUAAGAAUGGAUCCGUGGUUAUUGACCUCACAAAAAAUCUCACUAAAGAGUAUCGUGAAAUAUCUCCCUGGUGCCGGUUGGAGUAUGGAGUGCGGUGCUUACUUGUUCUUAGAUCGUUCUUUUGACCAGGACCAGCGGCGCAUUGAUGCAUUGAUAGAUUAUUAUGUCAGCUGUGGAUAUAAUUAUCAACUGCUUUUGUUUCCUGAAGGAACGGAUAAAUGUAAGCGUGCAACAGAGCGGAGUCGAAUUUUUGCAGAGAAAAAGGGCUUAGUUCACUAUGCUUACGUUCUGCAUCCAAAACUCACUGGAUUUGCAUUUAGUGUAAAUAAAAUGAGAAAAGUGGGCUAUAUCAAGAAUAUAUAUGAUGUUACGGUAGCUUAUGCCGAUUCCAUUGUACAAUCUGAAUUGGCUCUAUUGCUCAAGGGUGCAUGUCCGAAAAAUGUGCAUUUUGAUAUUCGUAAGCAUGAUGUGGCAUCUUUACCAGCAUCUGAUGUAGAACUUUCACAGUGGUUAAUCGAUUUAUGGGCUAAGAAAGAAAUUAGGCUUAGCAACUUUUAUUCCGAAGAAUGCUUAUCAAAACGAAGACUUGACACGGUUGACGGCGCGGAAAUAUUCUUGUUAAAGGACAGCGUUCGUUGUUUUAUAAUUUUUGUCAUGUUUUGUUGGAUCAUUCUCAUAAUUCUUUGGUCAUAUAUAUUUUUUACUUAUCCAUCACAAUUUCUGUUAGGAUUUUUUACAUUUCUUGUCUUCUUCGGCGCACAGAUAUGUUUUGGUGGGAUGGAAUGGAUUGCAGCUCGUAUUGUUGGAAACAAGUGCAAAGGUUUUCUAGCAUAA